CGAGCCGUCUUCACAGUGACACAAAAUCAUUAAACUGGAGCGAGUCCCCAGGAGCUUGGUGUAAUGGCAGGAGCAGAAGCAGCAGACGUUGACCUCAGCAGGAAAUUUGUGUCAGAAGCAGAGCUUGAUGAGAGGAGGAGGAGGAGACAGGAGGAAUGGGAGAAAAUCAGGAAACCAGACGAUCCAGAGGAGGUGCCAGAGGAGGAGUAUGACUCGCGCUCCCUCUUUGAGCGGCUGCAGGAGCAGAAAGAAAAGAAACAAGAGGAAUUUGAGGAGCAGUUUAAAUUCAAGAACAUGGUGAGGGGAUUGGACGAGGAUGAGACCAGUUUCUUGGACGAGGUCUCCCGGCAACAGUGCCUGGUGGAGAAACAACGCAGGGACGAGGAGAAGCAGGAGCUGCUGGAAUAUAGAAGUGCUAUAAUGAAGCAAGCAUCUGCAGAGAGCCGCCGAGAGCCUGAAAAGAAGGCGGCACCUAAACAAUCAGGGAUGGAGCACAGGACCAGCCACCUGUCCCAGGCCCAUUUAUUAGUUGGGGCUGUCAAGAGACGCAAUUCUUCACAAUCAUCAGACAGCAGUAAGAAACAGAAGGUGGAAAUCAAAACGAUAGCAGGAGCAACAGCAACGACAGGAAAUGGAGAGAAACACACAGAACAGGGGGGCCGAGCAGGAGCAGGAGGAGGGGCAGAGGGAGCUAAAGAUCAACCGACAGUCCCUGGCGUCACUGCAAAGCCACCCUCGGCUGCGUUGAGCUCCGGGGAAGGCGUGCUACACUUGCCGUCAGCGGCCGUGUGCGUCGGUGUUUUACCAGGACUCUGCGUUUAUUCCGGCAGCAGCGACUCUGACAGCAGCUCGGACAGCGAAGUUUAAGCCGAGCAACCAAUCCCGCACUGCCUACCCCGAUGACAUCCUGCCCCCCCACACUCCCUUCCCAACCCAAGCCACAACGGCUGCGAGCUGUGCUAUUGGCUGAGGGAACAGUGAUUGACAGCUGUGGAGCAAGGAAGAGACCGCUUUAGACUGUCACAUGACUCACACCUUUUAGCUAUCCGCAGCAGAGGAGUGAGAGCAGGACUGUUUGGGUUGAAUGCUGAGUCUGUAUGGAUUGAAAAAGUUUUUAUUUGUGUGAUGUAAUUGUGUAUUUGCUUCGUCACAUUAUGGGAAGAUGCUGGAUCGCUGCUGUCUCGGAUGUUGAGGCGUCUGAGAAGAAAAAUAAAGAGCUUUCCCUGUGUGUUGUGCUGUGUUUACUCUGGGAUCUGUGUGAGUGCAACAGAAAAACUGUGUAUUUACAGGGAUUUAAAAAAAAAAAAAUAAAGUAUCAGGAACCCAUUUGGUAAUGAGC